AAUUGAAUGAGUUCAUAGUGAAGAUAUCUACAAAGUCCGCCGAUGUUAUGUAAACAUUUAGUGGAUCAACAAUUUGAGUUCUCUCCAAUUAAGCCAAACGCAUGGAUACAGUCCUACGAAAAUGCCGAUCCAUGGUUUUCAAAUCAGACGAUACGAGAGCUACGUCGGAAGAUGGUCUUACAGAACUAAACACGUCAACGGGACGCCAAAGAAGGACGUCACUCUCUGGCGAAACGACGUCCGAAGUCAACAACGUUACACGAAUUCCGAUAACGUCGCUUCUACGAACUCGUCGACGGACGAGGUCGGAAAAAAACGUUGAGGAGGAGGGACAGUGCUACAGCCGUCAACGUCGCGUUACGUUUGCGGACAUAGAUGAGCUGCACUCCAAGUUUGGUUCCCCGCUUACCUCCGUUGAAAACGGGGGUAAGCCUGACUCUGGAAUAAAACGUAACUGUGCUGAGAUAAUUCCAACCAAUAUCCGGGGACAAAACGUCGACGAGAACCAGAAUGAAACAAGCCAAGAAGACAGCUUUUUGUGCCAUGUAAAUAUCGUGCACAAACAAGAUUGCGCCACAAAGCCCAGCGUAAUUACAACAUGCGAAACCGUCGGAAUGACGUUUGGUAGAAAGGGUAAAGGCGUCGGUGAAUUUCAGGACGCUACGGGAUUGACGUUCGUCUCCGAUGGGUGUGUACUGGUUACGGAUAUGGUGAACGGCCGGAUACAGCGGUGUAUGCGUGACGGCAAAACGGCCGUCAUUUACGGCGGACUUGAGAUCCGGGAACCGUGGUCCACGUGUAUAACGCGUGACGGCGACAUCGCGUUAACGUGCAGACGACGUCGAAUUGUCCUGGUGAUUUCUCAGGACGGCGAAAUUAAAUGGUCGUUCGGUGCUGGACUAUUUCAGGCUCCUUCCGGGAUAUGUUCAGACGACGAGGGCAACUUUAUUGUAACGGACGCGUUCUCAAACCGAGUGUCAUUACAUACAAAGGAAGGUCAGUUUGUGAAAUACAUCGGUAACCAUAGUAUUAAAGAGCAGCAAUUCGCCUCACCAAGAUACGUGUGUAUUUCACGAAAGGGCGAAAUUUUAGUGUCAGAUUCAGGUCAUCAUUGUGUCAAGAUAUUUGACAAACAAGGGCACUACAUUCGUUCAAUCGGUAAAUUCGGAAAACGUGACGGGGAAUUGAAAACGCCGUACGGUGUAUGCACGGACGAUUUUGGUCACGUGAUUGUAGCUGAUCACUAUAACAACCGCGUGUCAAUGUUCACGCACGAGGGCGUGUUCGUAUGCCACGUGGCGGAUGAAGGUCAUGGGGUCCUGCAUCCCAAGGGGCUAGACCUUAGCCCGGACCUGACCCUUUUUGUGUCAUCUGGUCAUCUCAAGGCAUGCGAGGUCAAGGUGUUUAAACUUAAACCGCACCGGAUAUCUAUAGUCGCGCACGUGUGAUACCUCUCCAUUUUAGAAAACUGCAUAUGAAUAAGCUCUAUUAUUCAUAUUACUGUAUAAGUUGUCUUCAUAUUUGAGUUGUCAAGCAUAGUGCACACUAUCUUGAACUCAUAAAAGGUGGGUCAUGACUCAGAUAGUAUUGUGUUAAGUACCAAGUAAAUAUCCAAUAAUGAACUAUGCCAUU